AUGCAAAACGACGCUGGUGAAUUCGUCGACUUGUACUGCCCGAGGAAGUGCUCGGCCAGCAAUCGUCUCAUCCACGCCAAGGACCAUGCAUCCGUACAGCUUGUUAUUGCCGAUGUGGACCCCGCUACCGGCCGUGCCACUGACUCAAGCAAGAUGUACGUCAUCUGCGGAGCCAUCAGACGUAUGGGAGAGUCCGAUGACUGUAUCGUCAGGCUCACCAAGAAAGAUGGCAUUCUAAUUAAAGUCAUCUCACCAAGUAAUCUGUCUACCCUCGUCCUCCGCACCCAGACUUGCCUCCCGGCGGCGGGCGGCAGAUGGUCUUCUUCUUACAGCCGAGGGCCGAGUCCACCACACACACCACCAGCCACACAACCCACCACCAGCUCCCGCCAACCAGCGACAACUAUACAUCAUAAAUGA